GAAAUCUGGUAAACAACACCACGUUGCAAAGUAGGACAUUCUUUAGCGUAUUUCUCAGGUAUUUCAGUCUUAUUUGAAAAUGGCAUCUACUGAGGAGAAGGACCUUAAGGCUGGGCAUCUCCCUGCAGAGAAAGCUGGUGGUAUGAGGAUAGUGCAGAAGAAGAAGCUCCACCCAGAUGAAAAGGGAGAGCCUGUCACUGCUGAAGAAGAAGAGGAAUAUGGGAGCCCUCCUAAAGCUGAAACCACACAUGAUGCAAAGGUGUUGAUAUCAGGAGCUCUGACACAGGAGGAGAAGGCUUACCCCCCAGAGGCCAUCAAGGUGUAUCAUGAAAAGCCAAUUCCAGUGCAUGAGAAACGACCCAAUGUCAACCAACAAAAGCAUAUUCAACAGCCAAGGAAGCAGUAGACUCAACAUACUGUAUAACUGACAUAUGAAAGCAGCAUGCUCACUAGGUUUCUAUACUUUUGCACAAUACCUUAUCCUAAUUCACGUUCUCUUGCCCCAUGCUGAAUAUGUAUGUGGCUGAAGGUGCCUUUCCUCACUCUCGUAUCCUUAAAAUAGCAAUAAAGGUGUAAGUGUGAAAAGUUUGAGAUUGUCUUAAAUAAACAUGUUCAGAACUUCUGAUUUUUUGAGUUUAGAAAUCUAGUGAGCAUUAGUGGAUUGGUUUCAUAGAUUUUACAUGAUUGAAAUAUCUGAACGUUAGCUGCAAUGGAUGUAUGUAU